CGAACCGAUAAAAAUUUAACUUAAGUGGAGGAAAAUAACAAGAAGAGCAUGCAAAGCUACAUGAACGAGAAAGCACAAAGCGCCAACGCCCUAUAGAGUCCUUCCAUGCUAUAUAUAUAUAUAUAUAUAUAUAUAUAUAUAUAGUCAAGAUAUAGAAGUGACCCUCUCAACAGCAGUAUACAUGGAAUCUGAAAGCAAUAUGAGCUCAAUUAGUGCCACUGGUUCCCUCAAUCGACGCAGUUUUCCAAAUGAUUUUGUGUUUGGUACUGCUUCAUCAGCUUAUCAGUAUGAAGGAGCAGCAAGCGAAGGUGGUAGAGGACCAAGUAUAUGGGAUACUUUCACACAAAGAUACCCUGGUAAGAUAAUAGAUGGUACUAAUGGAAACAUGGCAGUUGAUUCUUACCAUCAAUACAAGGAGGAUGUGAAGAUCAUGAAGAAAAUUGGUCUAGAUGCAUAUAGAUUCUCAAUCUCAUGGUCUAGAGUAUUGCCAACUGGAAGUCUAAGUGGGGGCGUGAACAAGGAAGGAAUCGACUACUAUAAUAACCUCAUUGACGAGCUCCUAGCUAAUGGGAUAAAGCCCUUUGUGACCCUGUUUCACUGGGAUCUUCCUCAAGCCUUAGAAGAUGAGUAUGGUGGCUUCUUAAGUGGUCGGAUUGUGUCAGAUUUUUGUAAUUAUGCCGAGCUUUGCUUUUGGGAAUUUGGUGAUCGAGUGAAGCAUUGGAUCACGUUAAAUCAGCCAUGGACUUACAGUGUUUAUGGAUAUGCCGAUGGUAGCCUCGCACCAGGUAGAGGUUCUUCUUCGCCUGAGCCUAUAAGGAGUCUCAAUCAACAACAAAAUUGCUCCUAUGGAGAUCCAGGAAGAGAACCAUAUAUAGUGGCACAUAAUCAACUUCUUGCGCAUGCAACUGCGUUUAAUUUGUAUAAGGAGAAAUUUAAGGCAAGUCAAAAAGGAAUGAUUGGCAUUUCACUUUUUUCCCAUUGGUAUGAGCCUCUCUGCGAAACCAGUGACGAGGACAAAGACGCUGCAAACCGUGCUCUUGAUUUCAUGCUUGGAUGGUUUUUAAAACCCUUGACAAGUGGUUGCUAUCCGUCUACCAUGAAAUCUAAGGCUGGAGAGCGGCUUCAGGACUUGGAUGAUAAAGAAAGCGAUUUGAUAAGAGGGUCAUUUGAUUUCAUCGGAUUGAACUACUAUACGGCCAAUUAUGCAACUGGAGCACGCCAACCUAUUGGUGUAAAGUUCAGUUACAUUACUGAUUCUCGGGUUAAGUUUACAACUGAGCGGAAUGGAGUCCCCAUUGGUCCAAGGGGUGCUUCAGAUUGGCUCCAUAUUUAUCCGGAAGGGAUUUACAAACUUUUGAACUACGUAAAGAAAAACUAUGGUAAUCCAGCCAUUUACAUCACAGAGAACGGGGUGGAUGAGGUAAAUGAUCCCAAAUUAACGCUUCUUGAAGUUCGUGAUGACAAGAUUAGAAGAGAUUACCAUGACAAGCAUCUUCGUUUCAUUCGAGACGCUAUCAACGAGGGUGUCAAUGUGCAAGGAUAUUUUGCAUGGUCUUUGCUAGAUAAUUUUGAAUGGACUGCGGGUUACACUGUUCGGUUCGGUAUGAUCUAUGUAGAUUACAAGAAUGGGUUCUCAAGAUAUCCAAAAGACUCAGCAAUAUGGUUCAUGAAUCUCCUCAAACAAGACGGUCAAAAAUCUCUCAAGGAUUCUGGCCCUGACGAUUAUAAACAGGAUAGUUAAAAAUCUCUCAAAGGAUUAUGGCCCUCGUGGUUACUGUAUUUGAGUCGAUAACUUGGACCUAAAACAAUUGUCGGAAGGCUUAUCUAUCCUUAUGUAUGUUUCAAGCGAGACCGAUGUUUAUUACUGAAAACAUAUAUGGGGAUGAAAGCCUUUUGACUAGUGUUUUAGGUCUGAAAUUAUCGGGGUGAGGUUGCAUGGUUGUUCGGCAAAAGCUCUGUACUUAAGAAUUAUUCUGAGAAGGCUCUGUAAGUGUGGUAUUUGUGAAUUAUUUACCACUUUCUUCUAUUUUUGGUUGUGAUCUCAAUUUUAUUUCUGGUUUA